AUGUCGGACCCCUUGGCCAAUCUCACCGACCCCAACCAGGGGGCCGCCCAGUCGGUUUCCGGCCAGGGCCUCGAGACCUUCCUCGCAUCUGUGGGCGUCUCCGUUGCUGUGGCCUUUGUCCAGGUCUCCUUGUUCCUGCUACUCAGGAACAAGAUCGCCAGAAUCUACAAACCAAAGUCCUUCUUGGUGCCCGAGAGGGAGCGGACCGACCCUCCGCCUGUCAGUCCCUGGUCGCUCAUCAAGACCAUAAUGAACUUUAGCGACAGAGAGGUCAUCAAGAAAUGUGGCCUGGACGCCUACUUCUUCAUGAGGUACCUCAAGACCCUCUUGGUCAUGUUCAUCCCUCUCGCCUGCGUCAUCCUGCCCAUCCUGUUGCCCGUCAACUUCAUAGGCGGCUACGGCAACAACCUGUGGACUAACACCACCGACGACGACCCCACCAGUAACACCACCGUCGUCGGUCUCAGCACCCUGUCAUGGGCCAAUGUCAGGCCCGAGAACGCCGACCGUCGCUGGGCACAUCUCAUGCUGGCACUCUUGGUCAUCGUCUGGGUCUGUGCUGUCAUAUUUUCCGAGAUGAGAGUCUACAUCAAGGUGCGGCAGGACUGGCUGACGAGCGCGGAGCAUCGGUUGAGGGCUUCUGCAAACACCGUGCUCGUCUCCUCCAUCCCGGAGAAGUGGUUAUCUGAAGAGGCAUUGCGGGGACUGUUCGACGUUUUCCCAGGCGGAAUUAGGAACAUCUGGCUGACACGCGACUUUUCCCCACUGCUUGAGAAGAUUAAAAAGAGAGAAGAGAUCCAUCUCAUGCUCGAGAGCGCAGAGAGCGACCUGAUACGCAAGUGCAAGAAGAACCAGCUGAAGAAGCGCGACCAGGAAGAGAAGAAAAGGCGGAAGCAGCUCAGGACGAACAAGCCUACCAAGGCCGAGAGACUGCAAAGGCAGAAGGAUGAGGAUGACGAGGCCAAACGUAGAGCCGAGACUGAACAAGGCAUCAGCUACGGCGAUCACGAAGAAACCCCUCAUAAUGCGGAGCAGGUUGCCGCGGAAGGCACCGAGACUAACGAGAUCGAGCCUCACGGGAAUGGUGGACAGACGCUGAACCCCUUCGCUGUCCUGGAUGGUGGGAUAUUGAAAGUUGGGCAAGGCCUCAAGGGCGGCGCGAACAAGCUUGGCCGAGCUGGUGCUGGCAUAGUAGGCGGCAUUUCGGCUAUUGGCCAGGGUGUCGACAAUGAGCUGGAGAGAAGUGGCGGUUUCCAUUUCGUCACGACCGAGCCCGGGCCCUCAGCAAACUCACAAGCACGAGCCGACGACCGCCCCAACGCACCGACAGACAGACGUGUGCAGAUACUGGUUGAGGAACCAAAGGAAUCGUUUGCCUCGGAACGCAGCCAGACCCCUUCUGAGCCUUACGGCAAGGAGUCCAUGCAGCAAGAGCUUCAACCCAAGCACUUCGGCAACACUGUCCGCAAAUUAGAAAACGUCGAAGACCUGUAUGACAAUGAGGAGACGCGGUGGUGGCAGUUCUGGAAGCCGCCUUCUGGAGGUUACGCCUCACCUGUCCCUCAAGGUGCCGAGAACAACGAGUACCCAUUCACCGACAAAAGAUCGCUAUGGACCAAGAUCAAGCAGAACAUCCCUUUCAUGGGCGAUGAAGAGGAAAAAAUCGAGUAUCCCCCGUUUGUCAACGACGGGCAGGAGGAGGACUACCAGGAGAGAGAAGGCGCCGAGUGGGAGAAAUGGAUCAAGCCCAAGGACCGCCCUCAUCAUCGACUUGCUAUAUUCGAGUGGACGCCGGGUUGGCUGCCGGGACUGCCUAUGCUGAACAAGAAAGUCGACACGAUCUACUGGUGCCGGAAGGAGCUUGCUCGCUGGAACGUGGAAAUCGAGGAAGACCAGAAACACUCGGAGCGCUUCCCCAUCAUGGCAUCAGCCUUUAUCCAAUUCAACAACCAGGUGGCAGCCCACAUGGCCUGUCAGAGCGCCAUCCACCAUAUACCCAAGACCAUGGCCCCGAGGGUCGUUGAAAUCUCACCGGAAGAUGUCAUCUGGGACAACAUGGCAAUGACCUGGUGGAUGCAAUGGACACGGGUUCUCCUCGCCUGUGGUUUCGUCUUCGGCAUGAUCCUUCUGUGGACGUUUCCUGUUGCGUUCUCAGCAGGUCUCGCCUCCAUUGAUGAUCUCAUCUCUAAGUAUGACUGGCUGAGCUUCCUCAAGGUGAACGAGAAGGUACACGAUUUCGUGAAACUGGCCGCGGGUGUCUUGCCUCCCGUUCUUUUGGCAAUUCUCUUGGCACUUGUGCCUGUGGUCCUCAAUUUCGUCGCAGAGUUUCAAGGCGUUAAGACUGGGUCGUCGAGGUCGGAGUGGGUGCAAACCUAUUAUUUCUUCUUCCUCUUUGUGCAAGUCUUCCUCGUCGUUAGCAUUUCGACUUCAGCCAUCAAUACGCUGAUCGCCGUUGCGCAACACGUUGAGGAGCUGCCGACCAUCCUCGCUAAAAACCUGCCAGACUCGGCCAAUUAUUUCUUCUCCUAUUUGGUACUCCAAGGUGCCUCUGUGAGCUCCGGAACUCUCCUGCAAGUCGCAGGAUUGGCCAUGUGGUAUUUUCUCUCGAAGAUCUUCGACAACACUGUGAGGGCCAAAUUCAAGCGCCAGAUUUCGCUGCCCCAAGUCAGCUGGGGUUCAUUCUUCCCAGUCUACACCAACUUCGCCUGCAUCGCCAUCAUUUUCUCUGUUAUCGCACCCCUCAUGACGGUGUUCGCCAUUAUCAACUUCAGCAUGCUCUGGUUUGCGCAUCGAUACAACAUGCUUUUUGUGACCCGCUUCAGGACAGACACAGGUGGAGUGCUGUACCCCAGGGCGCUCAACCAGACUUUUACAGGGCUCUAUGUCAUGGAAAUUUGUCUGCUCGGUCUCUUCUUGAUUCAAUCCUCGACUUGUUACCCGCAGGCCAUAAUCAUGGUCAUUGCUUUCGCAUUCACGGCGCUCUACCAAAUAUUUUUGAACCGCGAGUUCGGCCCGCUGACGCGAUACCUCCCAAUCACCUUCGAAGACGAGGCCAUCUUGAGGGACCAAGCUUUCCAGAAAGCACAAGAUCGGCGUCUGGGGAUAAUUACCGAUGAUGACGAGACAACUACUCUCCGCAGUGUCAAAACCUACGAUGAUGAUAAGGACAUCGAGAUGCAGGACCUCGAUAGGGCACCUAGCGGGCAGCUCCGCCAGGAGUCCGCAGCGAAAACCCAUCGCAAGAACCUGUCUUCCGGAGGAGGCAGUCUCCGGUCGAAGCUCGUCAACCCUGUCUCGACACUCAAGCAUGCCGGCACCUGGGCGGUACAGAGUGGAAACACCAUGAAGAACGCCACGCUCGGGCGGGCAGAGGAGAACCUCAAGACGGCGGCCGAGUACAGGCGGCAGCGGCGAGGCAAGGAGCUUGAGGCGCAGCGGGCGAUCGGCGAGGCGCUGUACGGGGGGUUCGCGGACGAAAUCGAGGACCUCACGCCCGAGGAGCGCAACCAGCUCGUUCAGAAGGCCUUCACGCACUCGGCGGUGCGCGCGCGGCGGCCCGUCGUCUGGAUCCCGCGUGACGAUCUCGGCGUGUCGGACGACGAGGUGCGCCGCACCAACGACUACAGCGAGCACAUCUGGAUUAGCAACGAGGGCACGGCGCUCGACUCCAAGUGCCGCGCCGUCUAUGGGCGCGCCCCGCCCGACUUCUCCGAGCUCGACCUCAUCCAGCUGUGA